AUUAUUACACACUUUUAAAUGGUUUGCGAUAAGUGUGAGUCCAAAUUGACGAAGGUCUCGGCGCCUAAUCCUUGGCGAACUAACAAUGCGACUGCCGGAGGACGCAAAAUCAAUGAGAACAAAGCGCUCUCCUCCUCCAAGGAGCGUUACAAUCCCAUGGGCAAUAGCUUUGCACCUUGCCGCAUAUGCAGACAGAAGGUGCAUCAGAUGGGGGCGCACUAUUGUCAGGCGUGUUCCUAUAAAAAGGCGAUCUGCGCAAUGUGCGGCAAGAAGAUACUGAAUACAAAGAACUAUAAGCAGAGCGCAACAUAACGGUUUGUGCUUUACAAAUUAAUUUUAAGUAAAUAAUAUGCAUUAACAAAUAGUUCAACGUUUAAGCUUAGCAUCUAUAGA